AGAAGCCGCCUGGGGAAGUGGGCAGGCCUGACGUGAUGUGCUCAGCGAGCAGAGACAUUCCACUCCAAGAGAGGUCUGUGUGACGCGUCUGGGAGGCCAUCAUCGGCCGCAACACCUCACGGUUGGUGGAAGAAGGGGUGACAGCCGCAUUCUCCUGUGCCUACCACGUAACCAAAAAUGAAGGAGAACUAUUGUUUACAAGCCGCCUUGGUGUGCCUGGGCAUGCUGUGCCACAGCCAGGCCUUUGCCACGGAGCGGCGGAGCCACCUGCGACCCUCGUUCCACGGACACCACGAGAAGGGCAAGGAGGGCCAGGUGCUGCAGCGUUCCAAGAGAGGCUGGGUCUGGAACCAGUUCUUUGUGAUAGAGGAGUACACCGGGCCUGACCCCGUGCUCGUGGGCAGGCUUCAUUCCGAUAUUGACUCUGGUGAUGGGAACAUUAAAUACAUUCUCUCAGGUGAAGGAGCCGGAACCAUUUUUGUGAUUGAUGAUAAAUCAGGGAACAUUCAUGCCACCAAGACAUUGGACCGAGAGGAGCGAGCCCAGUACACGCUGAUGGCUCAAGCAGUGGACAGAGACACCAACCGGCCGCUGGAGCCUCCCUCAGAAUUCAUCGUCAAGGUCCAGGACAUUAAUGACAACCCUCCUGAGUUCUUACACGAGACCUACCAUGCCAACGUGCCCGAGAGGUCCAACGUGGGAACGUCAGUAAUCCAGGUGACAGCUUCAGAUGCAGAUGACCCUACCUACGGAAACAGCGCCAAGUUAGUGUACAGUAUUCUGGAAGGACAACCCUACUUUUCAGUAGAAGCACAGACAGGUAUCAUCAGAACAGCCCUUCCCAACAUGGACAGGGAAGCCAAGGAGGAGUACCACGUGGUGAUCCAGGCCAAGGACAUGGGUGGACACAUGGGUGGACUCUCAGGAACGACCAAAGUGACGAUCACGCUGACCGAUGUCAAUGACAACCCACCAAAGUUUCCGCAGAGCGUAUACCAGAUGUCUGUGUCAGAAGCAGCUGUCCCCGGGGAGGAAGUGGGAAGAGUGAAGGCUAAAGACCCAGACAUUGGAGAAAAUGGCUUAGUCACCUACAAUAUUGUUGAUGGAGACGGUAUGGAAUUGUUUGAAAUCACAACGGACUAUGAAACACAGGAGGGCGUGGUGAAGCUGAAAAAGCCUGUAGAUUUUGAAACCAAAAGAGCAUACAGCUUAAAGGUAGAGGCAGCCAACGUGCACAUCGACCCCAAGUUCAUCAGCAACGGGCCCUUCAAGGACACCGUGACAGUCAAGAUUGCAGUGGAAGAUGCUGAUGAGCCCCCCAUGUUCCUGGCCCCAAGUUACAUCCACGAAGUCCAAGAAAAUGCAGCCGCUGGCACCGUGGUUGGGAGAGUACAUGCCAAAGACCCUGAUGCUGCCAACAGUGCGAUAAGGUAUUCAAUCGAUCGUCAUACUGACCUCGACAGGUUUUUCACUAUUAAUGCAGACGAUGGUUUUAUUAAAACUACGAAACCUUUGGAUAGAGAGGAAACUGCCUGGCUCAACAUAUCGGUUUUUGCAGCAGAAAUCCACAAAGUGCAUCAGGAAGCCAAAGUCCCAGUGGCCAUUAGGGUCCUUGAUGUCAAUGAUAAUGCUCCCAAGUUUGCUGCCCCUUAUGAAGGCUUCAUCUGUGAGAGUGAUCAGACCAAGCCACUUUCUAACCAGCCAAUUGUUACAAUUAGUGCAGAUGACAAGGAUGACACGGCCAACGGACCAAGAUUUAUCUUCAGUCUACCCCCUGAAAUCAUUCACAAUCCAAAUUUCACAGUGAGAGACAACAGAGAUAAUACCGCAGGGGUGUACGCCCGGCGUGGAGGGUUCAGCCGGCAGAAGCAGGAUUUGUACCUCCUGCCCAUCGUGAUCAGUGAUGGUGGAAUCCCGCCCAUGAGCAGCACCAACACCCUCACCAUCAAAGUCUGUGGGUGCGACGUGAACGGGGCGCUGCUCUCCUGCAAUGCUGAGGCCUACAUCCUGAAUGCUGGCCUGAGCACCGGGGCGCUGAUCGCCAUCCUUGCCUGCAUCGUCAUUCUCCUGGUCAUCGUAGUGUUGUUUGUGACCCUGAGAAGACAAAAGAAAGAGCCACUCAUCGUCUUUGAGGAAGAAGACGUCCGUGAGAACAUCAUUACCUAUGAUGAUGAAGGGGGCGGGGAAGAAGACACAGAAGCCUUUGAUAUCGCCACCCUCCAGAAUCCUGAUGGUAUCAAUGGAUUUAUCCCUCGCAAAGACAUAAAACCCGAGUAUCAGUACAUGCCUAGACCCGGGCUCCGGCCAGCGCCCAACAGUGUGGAUGUGGAUGACUUCAUCAACACUAGAAUACAGGAGGCGGAUAAUGACCCGACCGCCCCUCCUUAUGACUCCAUCCAAAUCUACGGUUAUGAAGGCAGGGGCUCGGUGGCCGGGUCGCUGAGCUCCUUAGAGUCUGCCACCACAGAUUCAGACUUGGACUAUGACUACCUACAGAACUGGGGACCUCGUUUUAAGAAACUAGCAGACUUGUAUGGUUCCAAAGACACUUUUGAUGACGACUCUUAACAAUAACGAUACAAAUUUGGCCUUAAGAACUGUGUCU